GAAUUCGAAACAGUGAACGGAACUGCAUCACAGUCCGACCCAAGAUCUGUUCCUGCACAAGAGAAAUCUAUUCAGACCUUCGAUAACCAACACAGUGACUAGCAGCAGUUAGCAGCACUUAGCAGCGAUCAGUAUUUCUCUUGUACUCCUGGAUAUUACCAUCUGUAGUAGAAUGAACCACGAAAUGAUGGCCUCACUGUAUGUGGGUGAUCUGCACCCCGAGGUGACGGAAGCCAUACUUGCGAGGACGUUCAGCCUUGCAGGCCGCGUUCACUCCAUCCGGCUCUGCAGGGACUGGAGGACCCGCUCCUCACUCAGCUACGCUUUUGUCAACUUUGAGCAGCGGGCCGAUGCUGAGCGAGCAAGGGAAAUGUUUCAUUUGGAGCUCCUUGUGGGACGGCCUAUGCGCGUCCAGUGGUCUCACAGGGAUCCAUCCAGCAUUGGAAACCUGUUCAUCAAGAACCUGGACAAGUCGAUUGACACCUUGGCCCUUUUUCACACCUUCUCGGCCUUUGGGAAGGUCCUGUCUUGCAAGGUUGUAGGUGAUGAGAAGGGGUCGGAAGGGUACGGCUACGUCCAUUUUGAGUCUGCAGAGGCAGCGGAUUUUGCCAUGAACAGGCUCAACGGCAAAGUGUUGAACAACCGUAAAGUCUUCAUUGAACGCUUUAAGUCCCGUGAGGCGCACGAGGCUCAGGUGGAACGUCAGGCUUACCCUACCCAUCAGAACAGGCAGAGGACGGCGAGCAUGCAGGCUCAGAACCUGGCUGUCUCUUUCAGCCCCAGCCAGAAAGUCGAGCCCCGCCCGGAUCUGCUCUGGGCUGCCCAGACCAUCCAGCCACAAUAUGUCCAGAAUAUACCCGAUGUGGUUCAACCUGUAUCAGUGCAUCAGCAGAUCGGUGGCACCAUCACAUCAACUAGUCAGGCACCAUGUUUGAAUGAAGAGUGUACAACCAUCAUUACACCAACACCUGAUGGUACUGUUCCAGUGACAGACACAGUGCCAACUAUAGGAACAGUUCAAUCUGUACAUAGUGUCCCACCUGUAGACACUCUUCCAAGUGUCCCCGUUGUAGAGACAGUUCCACCUGUUGAUAGUGUUUCAGGUCUAAAUUCAGCUGCAGAUGAGGUUCCAGCUCCACCUCAAGCUCCAGAUGCAGCUGAAAUAACUUCUACAUCCAUCAGUGAAGUGCAGCAGGACAAGAACACAAUGGAUGUACCCACAUAUCCACCAGCUGGGAAGCGUCUGACUAUCUACAUGUUGAAGUCAUCUCGCUUAGACGACCAGAUCCAGAUGGCGCAUGAUCACCUGUUACCUCUGGUCAAGGAAAUCCACCCGACUCAGGCUAACAAGAUCACCUGGAUGCUUUUGGAGGAUGCGAACAAUUUUGAGAUCAUAGACAUGAUUGUAUACCCUGAGCUCCUGCAUACCAAGGUGGAUGAAAUGGAUGCACUCCUGAUGGCGAGGGACACUGGAUACAAGCCGGAAACCCUGAAGAUGUUAUUUUACAACAACAAUAAGAAGAAGAACAAGAAGAGAAAGAAUAAAUGCAAUACAAUACAAUAAAACACUGCAACCAAUAUUGUACAUAUUAUAAAGUGGCCUGCCAAGCCUGGGCCUGGAGAAGUGCUUAGUUUUAAAAUCCUUAUUGUGCUUCAUGGGAGAGUGAUUUUAUAUUUAUGUUAAGUUUUAAUGAUGCUUAAGUGUCAUAAUAAAAUGUAAUUUUUAUAUUCA